CACACACACACACACACACGCACUUUCUCCCCCUCCCCCUCCCCCCUUGCCCGGCCAGAUGUCUGGGCCCUCCUCACCGACCGCCGGGGCGGCAGGCCUGGCGCCUACGCUACCGACUAUCACCACGGUUGUGGUGGACGCCACGGUGUCGGCCACCCCUCAGGCCGGCGACGCUGACAACUCCCCCCUCAGUCGGCCCUCCUCGUUUGGAUCGUUUCAUGGAACGAGCAGCCCUUGCUCGGACUUCCCCCCGCACUCGGCCUCCUCCUCAAUCGGGUCCUUCGUGCAGGUCACACAUCCCGAGUCACCGACCGAGGCCGCCGGGUCCGGGUCCUCGCGGGACUCCUCACCGGACAGUCCACUCCCGGCUCUGCUGCCAUUGGCCUUUGGCUCGCGGUCGCGAUUGACCGAAAGCCCGCGCGCCUCGCCGAUUCACCUGCGCCGGUCCAUGUCCUCCAUCUCUUCCACCGGCAGCGAGCGGCCUCUGAGCAUGUCCGGUGGCCGGCUGCCCGGCAGCAGCACCGAUGACUUGCUCUUUGGCGCGAGUGGCACUCACGGGGCUUCCUCGCGGCCAGUGAGUGCCAUGCUCAGUGACAGCACCUCGGUUCGGAGUGACUCCAGCAUCGACCCCUCCGCGGCCACCACCCCUGGCGGAGAUUCUUCCAUGUUCAUCGGUACCGUGCACAACAGCCCCCCGAUGUCCGGCGACCAUGUCCCCUUGAAUGCCAAUGGAGCUGAGCUCCUACCCGGCCAGGGUGCCGGCCCCCCGCCGAAGCCGGCCAUCGCCCUGGCUCUGACCGACUACCUCGGUGAGACUCUGGAUUGCCUGCAGUUCCUCAAGGGCGAGCGCAUCCGGGUGUUUGGCCGCGCCGGUCCUGGUGUCUGGCGAGGCGAGUGCCAGGGCGUGGUCGGAACCUUCCCCGCAGAGCUGGUCCGCCCUCUGGGCAAGGACUUCGCCACGCGCUUGGCUGUCUGUGAGAGUCUCCCCGAUCGGUAUCUCCUGUCGGCGCCAUACAUGUUUGAUCAGCCGCCCGAUGAUUCUCCCUACCUCACCUCUUCGGCCGAGGGGGACGGUGAGCCGGAUUCCGACACGCGUGCCACCGGUCGGCCACCACUGCCCCCUGGCCGGUCGCCGAGUCAUGGCGUUGAUGCCGGCGUGGUGCACGAGCGCCUGCGUGAUGACCCCGACGAGGAUUUCGAUGACUUCCUGGUGGUGGAUUCGAUGGAGCGCUAUCGCACGCUCUCUCGGCUGUAUGCCACCCAGAAUAUCCCCCGGCCGCAUGAGAGCCUCAUCCUUCCGGCCAAGUGCGUGAUCUACGGCCCGCCACCGAGUCUCGGGCGUGGGUCGCCUGGCAGCCCUGCCAGCCCGAAGAAGAGCCUGUCGGAGCUGCUGUCGCUGCCCGUGCAGCCCCCCUCCGAGCAUCCGGUUGCCCUGGAUCCGGACCAUGCGCCUCCCAUGCCGCUGCUGGUGCUGGCACACCCACGAGCUGGUGGCAACCGCGGCGCGCGAGCUCUCCAAGCCUUCCGCAGCCUAUUGCACCCGGUGCAGGUGGGUGACCUGACGCAGGGGGGCCCCGAGCCCUCGCUUCGGCUCUUUUCCUACCUCAAUUACUUCCGCGUGCUGGUUUGCGGUGGUGAUGGGUCGGUGGCGUGGGUUCUCUCGUCGCUGGAUAAGCUUGGUCUGCUCGGGCGGUGCGAGGUGGCCAUUCUGCCGCUCGGCACCGGUAAUGACAUGGCCCGCGUUCUGGGCUGGGGUCCGGGCUAUGACCGACAGAAUUACCGCAAGUUCCUGGAUGCCAUCAGCCAGGCACAGCCACGCGAGCUGGACCGCUGGACCGUGCGCCUUGAGAAGUCCGACGGCACCGUCGAAGAGCGUGUUAUGAACAAUUACUUCUCCAUCGGCAUGAGCGCCAGCAUUGCCCUCAACUUCCACGAGGGCCGCACCCGGAACCCUGGGCUCUACCAGUCGCGCCUCUUCAACAAAGCCAUGUACCUGCUCGAUGGCGUGAAGGACUCCCUGACGCGGCCCUCGCGGCGCAUCCAGACUCGCGUGGCCAUGCGGCCGGCUCACCCCUCCGAAGAGCAACAGUACUUCGCGGACCCGGAUGCCCCGACCUCCAUCCUGUCGCCUGAUGAUCCCACCCUCCUGUCGAUGCCCAUCAUCCCGGAGAUGGCUCUCGACCCUGGGGCCUCCUUCAACAUGGUGCAUAGCCUGAGCGAUCUGUCACUGCCUGCUGGCGGUGGUGGCGCCAGCAGCGGGCACACAUCUGCUGCGGGUGGCUCGGCGGUGACCACUCCGCUGGCUGGGGCCAUGGCCGUGACCGCCUCAGCGCCGGCCCCCAUCGCCGAGGGGGGCACCCCCCGCGCCGGCGGAGCCUACUCGAUGCCGGUGACAUCGGCCUCGGAGUCGGCACUCCUCACGGCUGGUGGUGACGCCGGGGCCGGGGAGGACGGCACCGCUCCUGGUGGAUCUGCAUCAACCGGGGUCCUGAUGCGCAAGCCCCGGUCCGCGUCCUCGGCUUCAUCGUCACGCCCACCGAGCGAUGGCAGCGACGAUCUGUCCGACUCGGAGGCCGUCCCGCUAACCACCUGGCUGGAUCUGCCCGACAGCGAGGAUUUGGUCAUGAUGAACAUCAAUAGCUAUGCCGCCGGGAUUGUCCUCUGGCGGCAGGACCCCCCGAGUGACAUGAGUGAUGGACAAUUCGAGGUGGUUGCGGUCGGCAGCUCGGCACACCUGGGCAGCAUCAAAGUCGGCCUGGCCAGGUCGAAUCACAUUGCCCAAAUGCGCUCGGUGGUCAUUGAGAAUCGCAAGAACCAGGCCCUACCGAUCCAGCUGGAUGGCGAGCCCGAGAGGGUGGCCUUCCGCCGGGUGAUGAUUGGCUGGCGUAAUCGCGCGCGCAUGCUCGAGCGUGCGCCCGGGGUCCCCGGGGUCCCGGCGUAUGGCUCCGCGCCGUCGACUGCCGGGGCCACUGGCGGACCGACUCCCCCCUCGCGUGCGGCCACCUCGCCCGGGGCCCUCUCUCCGACGACAGAGCGGCCCCCGGUGAUGCCCCCGCCGCCAUCCCAGCCCGCAGGCCCUGGGACGUCGAUGUCGGCACCCGCGUCGACCGGGUCGGGGUCCCUCUCUCUUUCGACAGAUGGCGGCUCGCCCACGACUGCCGUCACGACGGCCACCGCCGCCCCAGCCGCCCUGCCCCAAAUCCAGGUUGACAGCACAGCGACCACCCCCUCGCCAUCGGCCAACAGUCCGAAGAUGAGCAGCUUCUCGCGCUUGCGCCGGCGUAGUUCCUUCCUGGCCACGCUGACCGGAGGCAGUGGUACGAGUCUCUCGCCUGCCCCCUCGCCAACGGAGGCCGCCACACCAUCGCCAGUGGUCAGCCCGAUCACCGGGUUGGCCAUCGGGUCGGCCAUGGCCACGCCGUCGCCGCAGCUGGCCACCCCCCGGAGCGGGGAGGCCGAUGAUGAUAGUGGCGGCGACAGCGAUGCCGAGACCGAAUCCCUCCUCUCACAUCAGCGGUGAGAGCGGGAAUCUGCCCCGGCUCCUUGUCCUGUCUUUUUGGGGGGAAGAUGAUGCCCCAUCCGCUGCCUCGGCUUUUUCUGGUACACAGUCCCAUGUCCCUGGCAAGGUGUCCCCGUCUCUCCCCCCCCCCCC